GUGCUGCUGGCGGCCGCCGUGUGCACCAAGGCCGGCAAGGCGAUCGUGUCGCGGCAGUUCGUGGAGAUGACGCGCACGCGCAUCGAGGGCCUGCUGGCCGCCUUCCCCAAGCUGAUGAACACGGGCAAGCAGCACACCUUCGUGGAGACGGAGAGCGUCCGCUACGUCUACCAGCCCAUGGAGAAGCUCUACAUGGUGCUCAUCACCACCAAGAACAGCAACAUCCUCGAGGACCUCGAGACCCUCCGCCUCUUCUCCAGGGUGAUCCCUGAGUACUGCAGAGCCUUGGAAGAGAAUGAGAUUUCUGAUCACUGUUUUGAUCUAAUCUUUGCCUUUGAUGAGAUCGUUGCCCUCGGGUACCGGGAGAAUGUCAACCUGGCCCAGAUUCGCACUUUCACAGAGAUGGACUCACAUGAGGAGAAAGUCUUCAGAGCUGUCCGUGAGACACAAGAACGUGAGGCUAAAGCUGAAAUGCGCCGAAAAGCCAAGGAAUUGCAGCAGGCACGGAGGGAUGCUGAGCGACGGGGCACAAAAGCACCUGGUUUUGGUGGCUUUGGAAGUUCCGCUCUGUCAGGAGGCACGACAGCUGCCAUGAUCACAGAGACGAUCAUUGAGACGGAAAAGCCAAAAGUGACUCCUGCGCCAACGAGGCCGUCUGGAUCGAAUAAGGCACUCAAGCUGGGUGCCAAGGGGAAAGAAGUCGAUAACUUUGUGGACAAGUUAAAAUCUGAAGGAGAAAAUAUCAUAACCUCUUCAGUUGGCAAACGAUCCUCUGAAGCAGCCACAGUGUUUGCUCCACCUGUUAACAUGGAGAGCGUGCACAUGAAAAUCGAGGAGAAGAUCACGUUAACCUGUGGCCGUGAUGGGGGGCUACAAAACAUGGAGCUGCACGGCAUGAUCAUGCUGCGGGUCCAGGAUGAAAAGUUUGCCCGGAUUCGGAUCCAUGUUGAGAACGAGGACAAGAAGGGUGCUCAACUGCAGACUCAUCCCAAUGUUGACAAGAAGCUCUUUACAACAGAGUCCUUGAUUGGCUUGAAGAACCCUGAAAAGUCUUUCCCCAUCAAUAGUGACGUGGGGGUGUUGAAGUGGCGGCUACAGACCAUGGAAGAGUCUCUCAUCCCGUUGACAAUAAACUGCUGGCCAUCGGAGAGCGGCAGUGGCUGCGAUGUCAACAUUGAGUAUGAGCUGCAGGAGGAGAGCCUGGAGCUGAGCGACGUGGUGAUCACCAUUCCCUUGCCGUCCGGUGUGGGCAUGCCCGUGAUUGGUGAGAUCGAUGGUGAGUACCGUCACGAUAGCCGAAGGAACCUCCUCGAGUGGUGCCUGCCCGUGAUCGAUGCCAAAAACAAGAGCGGCAGCCUGGAGUUCAGCAUUGCCGGGCAGCCCAACGACUUCUUCCCUGUGCACGUCUCCUUCCUGUCCAAGAAGAACUACUGCAACAUCCAGGUUACCAAAGUGACCCAGGUAGAUGGGAACAGCCCUGUGAGAUUCUCUACAGAGACCACCUUCCUCGUGGACAAGUACGAGAUCCUGUAGCCGUUUCUGCCAAGGAGCGGCCUGGAAGACUUUGAGAGGCUGUGGGUUCGGGGACUGCCAGGGGACCUGACAUCCUAGUUUGCCCACCUCCAUUUUUCCAAGUCACAGCCAGGCAGGGAGAGGCUGCUUGCUUCUCUGGCAUCGCCGACCAGGGAGGCCUCCUUUUCCCUGGAUCUGGGCACACUCCUCCCUGGGACGGCUCUCUUCCCCCGCCCGCCCACCCCUUGGUAUCUCCUGUACUGCUGGCCACUUCUGCUUUGAGGGAAAAGGGGGAAAUGUCUUUUCCACUCCCAUCAGGACCGGUGGCCAAACUCUGCUGUGGCAGUGAGGCAGAGCACAUGCACGCACGCACGCACCCCUGGGUGCUUUCCCUUCCUUCCUUUCCUUGUGUGGCGGGGGAGCCCUUGCCAGGGAAUUGGAGGGGAGGGCACGCAGGCAGCGCUUUCUUUCGUGGACUUUCUGGACUCCGGCUUGAAGACUCCACCGUGGCUCCACGGAAGCUGCCUCCUGUUCAGAGGAAGAACAUGUCCUUGAACCUGCCUUCCAGGGAGGGGGGAGGGGCACUUGUCCUCGGGGCUUUUGCAGGGGCCCUGCUUGCAUGCUAAAGAAGUCGCCAGCCUCUCCCAGGGUGCCAGGUGAGACCUUUUUUUGGGGGUGGGGGGCCCUGUCCUGUUGGUAGUAGCCAGGGAUCUUUUUGAUCUGCCUGUGUUCCCACACUGUCAGUUUGAUUUUUAACUGGGAGCAAGUUUCACCAUCCAGUGAGGCUUUGGGUUCAUCCUUAAAUAGCAGGGUGGGGUGAUAUUUAAAGGAGGUUUUGUAACCCUGUAAAAUAAUGACUUAGGAAAUAACACAUUCCAAUGUACACAAGAAUCCCAGCCCCUUGAUCGAAUAAAGAAUAUUCUAAGA